AUGUUAUGCUGCACUAGUACAGCAGCUAUUGUUACUGCAGCUACUAGUACAGUAGCUAUUGUUACUGCAGCUCCUAGUACAGCAGCUAUUGUUACUGCAGCUACUAGUACAGCAGCUAUUGUUACUGCAGCUACUAGUACAGUAGCUAUUGUUACUGCAGCUCUAGUACAGCAGCUAUUGUUACUGCAGCUACUACAGCUAUUAGUACACAGCCCUAGUACAGCAGCUAUUGUUACUGCAGCUCCUAGUACAGCAGCUAUUGUUACCGUAACUCCUAGUACAGCAGCUAUUGUUACAACUCCUAGUACAGCAGCUAUUGUUACUGCAGCUCCUAGUACAGCAGCUAUUGUUACUACAGCCCUAGUACAGCAGCUAUUGUUACUGCAGCCCCAAUCAGCAGCUAUUGUUACUGCAGCACCAAGUAGCAGCUAUUGCUACUGCAGUCCUAGUACAGCAGCUAUUGUUACUGCAGCACCAAGUAGCAGCUAUUGCUACUGCAGCUCUAGUACAGCAGCUAUUGUUACUGCAGCACCAAGCACAGCAGCUAUUGCUACUGCAGCUCCUAGUACGAAGCAGCUAUUGUUACUGGCACCAAGUGCAACUGUUAUUCCUACUGCAGCUCCUAGUACAGCAGCUAUUGUUACUGCAGCUCUAGUACUGCAGCUAUUGUUACUGCAGCUCUCAGCUAUUGUUACUGCAGCACCGGGCACAGCAGCUAUUGCUACUGCAGCUCUUAGUACAGCAGCUAUUGUUACGUGGCACCAAGCACAGCAGCUAUUGCUACUGCAGCCCUGCCCAAGUACAGCAGCUAUUCCUACUGCAGCUCCUAGUACAGCAGCUAUUGUUACUGCAGCUACUAGUACAGUAGCUAUUGUUACUGCAGCUCCUAGUACAGUAGCUAUUGUUACUGCAGCUACUAGUACAGCAGCUAUUGUUACUGCAGCUCCUAGUACAGCAGCUAUUGUUACUGCAGCUCCUAGUACAGCAGCUAUUGUUACUGCAGCUCCUAGUACAGCAGCUAUUGUUACUGCAGCUCCUAGUACAGUAGCCAUUGUUACUGCAGCUCCUAGUACAGCAGCUAUUGUUACUGCAGCCCUAGCACAGCAGCUAUUCCCUAGUACAGCAGCUAUUGUUACUGCAGCUCCUAGUACAGUAGCCAUUGUUACUGCAGCUCCUAGUACAGCAGCUAUUGUUACUGCAGCUCCUAGUACAGUAGCCAUUGUUACUGCAGCUCCUAGCACAGAAGCUAUUGUUACUGCAGCUCCUAGUACAGCAGCUAUUGUUACUGCAGCUCCUAGUACAGUAGCCAUUGUUACUGCAGCUCCUAGCACAGAAGCUAUUGUUACUGCAGCUCCUAGCACAGAAGCUAUUGUUACUGCAGCUCCUAGUACAGUAGCCAUUGUUACUGCAGCUCCUAGUACAGCAACUAUUGUUACUGAGGCUCCUAGUACAGCAACUAUUGUUACUGCAGCUCCUAGUACAGCAGCUAUUGUUACUGCAGCGCCUAGUACAGCAACUAUUGUUACUGAAGCUCCUAGUACAGCAGCUAUUGUUACUGCAGUCCUACAACCAUUGUUACUGAGCCCUAGUACAGCAGCUAUUGUUACUGCAGCUCCUAGUACAGCAACUAUUGUUACUGAAGCUCCUAGUACAGCAGCUAUUGUUACUGCAGCUCCUAGUACAGCAACUAUUGUUACUGAGGCUCCUAGUACAGCAACUAUUGUUACUGCAGCUCCUAGUACAGUAACUAUUGUUACUGCAGCUCCUAGUACAGCAGCUAUUGUUACUGCAGCUCCUAGUACAGUAACUAUUGUUACUGAAGCUCCUAGUACAGCAGCUAUUGUUACUGCAGCUCCUAUACAGCAACUAUUGUUACUGAGGCUCCUAGUACAGCAGCUAUUACGUGUCAAUCUUGCUAACAGGGACACCAAGCCAGAGAUACAAGGACUGAUGUGCCAGGCCCGUAACGCCGCCUACAGUGCCAGAACAGUAACGCCGGCCACAGUGCCAGGCCGUAACGCCGCCCACAGUGCCAGGCCUGUAACGCCGGCCACAGUGCCGGGCCUGUAA